AUGCCUGAUUAUGAUGAGUAUUUCCUAGUUACUGGUGGUGCUGGCUUUAUAGGAUCGCAUUUCUUGGAUUAUUUCGUUGUUCGAUAUCCAAACUAUCAUUUUACAUGCAUAGAUAAACUAAAUUAUGCAACAAACGAAAAUACUAAUUCAUUGUCUAAGGUUAUGGAAUCACCGAACUUUAAUUUUAUCAAAAUGGAUUUAUCAGCUGAAUAUACCGUUCUCUAUAACUUUCUUGUAACGGAAUAUAAGAAAAAUAAAAUAACAAAUAUUAUACACUUUGCAGCUGAAUCUUGUGUUGAUAGAUCUUUUUCCAAUCCGUUAUACUUCACAACUAAUAACAUUUUGGGCACUCAAAACUUGCUCGAAUGCUCCAGAUUGCUAAUAUUAAACUUUCCUGAUGUGAAAGAUCAUUUCAGAUUUAUACAUAUUUCAACUGAUGAAGUGUAUGGAGAACAACAUGAAGGUGAAACUGUUGAUGAGACUAGUAAAUUAAACCCUACAAAUCCUUAUGCAGCGACUAAGGCUGCUUGUGAUUUGAUUCUUAAAUCAUAUUACUAUUCUUAUAAGAUACCGGUUACCAGCAUACGAUCAAAUAAUGUAUAUGGGCCAAGACAAUAUCCAGAAAAGAUUAUUCCUAUGACAUUGAAUAAACUCAAGGAAUACGUCAGACAGUAUCCAAAUUCAGAAACCAUGGCGCAUAAAAUAAAGAUCCAUGGCAACGGCUCAAAUAAGAGAGCAUAUUUGCAUAUUCAAGAUUUUAUUCAAGGAAUAGCAUUAAUUUGGAAGAAAUUCAAAGAAGAGCAAGCUACGGCAUAUGCUAAAGAACAGGUGAUAAAUCAGACGUUUAAUAUUGGGAGUGAGGAUGAAAUAGAUAAUUUAUCUUUGGUGAAGUUCAUUUGUGACAAUUAUUUGAGCAAGAAGUUGUCGUUUUCGAAUUUAAACUACUCUAAUUAUAUUGAGUUUAUUAAAGACAGAAACUACAACGACUCAAGAUAUUCAAUCGAUUAUAAUAAGAUUAAACAGUUUGGCUGGAAGCCAACUAUUGACUUGAAAAGUGGUAUAAUUGAUCUAAUUGAUCAUCUUUUAUAG